CGUAAAAUCUCUAUCCCCUUCGUCCUCGCCUGUAGAAAUUUCUAAGCGACUGCUGGAAUUGUACAGGCUUAAGAAUCAUACUAGAAGGUACGUAUGCUUAGAAAUCUCAAAUAAACGCACAGUUAAGCUUUAGUAAGUGCUCUUUGUGGUGUUAGUUUCCCGAAGAAUGCGGAAACGCUUCAUGCCUCACAACUGAAGCAUCUUUAGGACAGUCUAGUACUACGAGUCAGGCCGAUCGUCUUCUAACCUUCUAACAUCCGCGAUCGUUCGUCUUUUUACGCAACAUCGAGCUUUGAUGAGCAUGAAAGUAUGUUCUCCCCAAGGCGAUCUCAUAACAGCUGCCUGGAAAGAGAACUUGCAAACCUCGAGACGUGGUGACCUUUCCAAUGUCUUUCUGUUUUUCAUCACCCUUUCAAAGAAGCAAUAAUAUUUUUCGUACUAGAGCUGCGAGUACAAAACCAACACUCCUGGAGGUUAAUGUUCUGCUUAUUGCUAGAUGACAAUGCUUAGUCAGUUUAGGGUUGAAACGUUCAACAAGGUGUUACUGCUAAUAGUUCUAGCUCAGUCCGAGUUGGAAGCUGCUUGGUGUGGCAUGGUUUGUAUGUGCUUUGAGUUGUUAAAUUUGCUGGUACUGCCCCGGUGAUUUGUGGUGUUGCAGUUAGUAAGCAUUGUACGCAUACCUGCUGGUUUCAAGGGGAUUGUCAAACAUUGUCAACUUAGAGCUGAAUACUAUGCUGGUGUUUAUUCCAGAGCACAAGUUGCAUGUUUCUAUACUCAUGUUUCAUUGUCGAUUGGGCUCAUACGUUAUUAUUUCGCUUCAAGGGUGGGUUUCUUUCGAAAUUGCUUCCACUUGAGCUCAGCCUGGUGCUUCGUAUUGUCUUCCGAACCUGGCUAUCGAUAAAAUUUUGGAAUUGGUCGCACCUCCGUGAUUUGAUUAACGUGCUGAUGUAGGAGUGGCGGGAUCAUACGCAUUGUAUCAGGUUGGGAGUUCCGUAAUCUUCCUGCUGAUCAAAGUAUCUAAUUUCAUGAAACCUGCACUCUUUCAAUACUUCUAUAAAUGGAACCCUGUCUACUACAGGACCUUGAAAUACGUACAAGUUACUUGAAUUACAGCCAUUAGGAAUCUUGCAGUAAAGCCCAAUUUUUCUCAGUAGGCAGGGCCUCUCCAUCUCAAGGUUAACUAGAAGAUGUAUGGACGCUUCCAAUCAGGAGUUGCUUUGGUCAAGUCGCGCAUAGUUAUCGACAUAACAAAGUGGUUGGGACAGUGCUACGAGCCACAACGGCGUGAUAAAGACAAGAUCGUAGAGGUGUUACGUAGGGAACCAUAUAUGCUUUAAGUAUAUUUCUCCGUAUGGUGCAUUUACAACAUGCACUACUUCUCUCAGUUCAAGAGUCAAACUGGAACCCUUUCAAGUUGCAACACGCUUUGGCGAUUAACUAUCUAGAACAUCUUAGAGAACAGCAGGUGUUGACGAACUCAGUGACUGUCAGAUCCAGUCGGAGGGGCUUGAUCAGUCAUUUUUUUUUUUUUUUUUUGAAUUUUUGAAUUUUUGAAAUUUUUUAAUGCCUUUCGAUCACUUUGACUCGUGAAAUCAAUUCUUUCAUUGCUUGAUGUCGUGGUUGCGUAUCCCCGAAAGUUUAGUAAGAGGAAUCCUUUUCCGAAUUUCCUGGCAUUUAGUAUGAGGCGAAUGUUCAGUUUUCGAUUCAUCAUACAUUGUUUUGUUUACUGUUGGUUUGCUGCAAGCUAUUCUUUUAGAUAGUGGGACUUUUGAUAUAAGAGAAAAAUGCGACAAAGCUUAUUGGUUGAUGGGCUCAUUUACAGUAUUUUCAAGUGAGUUCUAUUUCAUCGCUAGAACUAUUCGUGCCGACUGCGGAUAAUAGAGGGUUUUCAUUGAAGAUUUUGUUGUUUCUAAUUAAUAUUGAUAAACCACAGAGUAGCUUUUGCUUAAGUACUGCUCUUAAUAUGUGUCAAUUUUUACCAAACGGCCAUGAACACCAUGACUUGUGGAAAACAUUUUUAGACACUUUCCUAUCCUAUGAUGUAUACUGAAAGUAAAUCAGGAGUUGAGUAUCGCUGGGUAUUCCAAAAUCAACACAGGCGAGGGAAGCGCCUGCAUGUGAAGCAUUUGGAUCCGGACACGAUGGACACGCGAACAGGAAGGACGGAUACUUUUCCAAUGCCAGUCACUAACAUUGAUGUCUAUAAUCGCUCUGGCCAGGUGAUCGAAGCUGGUUCAAAGUCAUACGCACCAUCUACUGACAAGAUCACUAUGCAAUCUGAAGUCUUAUUCCAACCUGCGCAGCGGUUCGAUUCAAGAACUGAUUCUGAGUUUUUGAGGAAAUUGAAAGAGAACCCGAGAGCAGAGCUUAAAAGAGGGUCGUCUGAGAGAUUUCAUCUAUCAAACGCUGAGAUGGAUGAUGUCAAGCGGAAGUAUGGCUGGAACGAUACCAAAGACAGUCUGGAGCUUAUAUACCCUGACCAAUAUCACCCUGUCAUGAACGACAAGAAGCCGUCAUCAAUCAAAGAGAGUCAGGAUUUGGGGAUCCAAGAUUGGCUGCCAGAAUGCGGAGAACUUCCGGACCGAAAGCUUUCACGACCUUACUCUAUGGCUCGGAAAUAUGACGAUGCGAGUGCUGCAAGGUCCAGCAUGCAUGGUUCACAAUACUUGGCACAGUUGGCAGAAGCUCACAAGUUCUCUCUUGAGCCGGCUUCUGAAUCAAAUAAUCUAGCAGAAUGGGUGGAUAUUCCAGACGUGAAACAAAAGCUUCUACGAAGUGAGAGUGAACCGUCCUAUGCCUUAGUAUCGCCUUCAGAAAAACAGACACAAUCUUGUGAUAUGGAGCAACAGCUUAGACGGGCAGGCUCAAUAUCGAGCGAGGAGUUUGUAGAAUUUGAGGUCCCGCCGGGAAGAGGCAGGCGCCACAAUAACAAUACAUCUGGACUGGCGUCUAAGAAUCUCGUAUCUGAGCGGAAGAGGAGGAAGAAGCUCAACGAUGGACUCUAUACCCUUCGUUCACUGGUUCCUAAAAUAAGUAAGAUGGACAAAGCGUCCAUUGUUGGUGAUUCUAUUGUCUACGUGAAGGAGCUCCAACAGCAAAUACAAAGCAUGGAGUCGGAGAUUGCUGAAAUGGAAGAAAAUCUGCUUUCUAGUACAGGCGUGGCCGCGGAGUGCUCCGGAGGCUCUCGCGACUCCACGUCUUUGGAGUCCAAAGAGCCUGCAGCGGGCAGUAGCAGCUCCUGUGAGAAAGGUACAGAGGAAGCCAUGCUGGGCGUUGAGCUGAACGACAAUACAGUACUAGCUGCUUCAGAGAAGACGAGUUCAUCAGCCGAUUCUCAAGGCCCUAGUCAAGAACACUCUCCAGUUGUGCAGAGAAAGAUUAUAAAUAUGGAGGUAGCCAAAAUGGAAGACAAAACGUAUCAACUCAGGGCCACCUGCCAGAAAGGGCCAGGAAUUCUCGUGCAGCUAACCCGAGCCUUGGAGUCGUUAGACGUGGACAUCUUGACUGCUCACCACACCUCGUUCCAAGAGAACAUGCUGGACACAUUCAUCGUCGAGAUGAGAAGCUUGGACGUGAAGGAGGCGGAGCACGUGAGAAAAGCUUUGCUAGAUGCUGUUGCUCAACAUGGGCUUGCAGUUCAAGUCUGAUGCUCAAGACCUGGAGUUGCGUUUUUUUCUUUUCUUUUUUGUACCCAUUUCUCAACACUUGUAACUGGUUUUGUAUGUAUAAAUGCUAUGCUUCCAAAGCUGAUCCCCACA